AUGGAGGGGCUCGUCAAGAUCGGGCUGUGGGGCGGCAGCGGCGGCGACCCACGGGACGACAUCGUCGCCGCUGGCGUCGCGCCGCACCGCCUCCAGAGCGUCGUCAUCCGCUGCCAGGGAGCCGUCGACGCCAUCUCCUUCACCUACGCCGACGUCGACGGGGCGCCGCGCAUGGCGGGGCCGUGGGGCGGCUCCAGCGGUCAUAUGUUCGGCGCGGGGGAGUUCGUCAAGGAGAUCUCCGGGACGUACGGCCCGUUCGGCGGCCACACCGUCGUGAGGUCGCUCAUGUUCGUCACCAACGUCGGCAAGCACGGCCCGUUCGGCACCCCGUGGCAAACACCCUUCAGCAUGGUCUUUUGA